GUUAUGGGCUCCUGCGUAGCGAAGUGGCGCUGGUGGGUGGUAGUGGUGGCAUGGGCGUGGGGCACGGCAGCUCGCACGCUCUGCCCCGCGCGCUGUGCCUGCGACGACGCACUGCGCGCCGCCUCCUGCGCCAACGCCAGCCUAGAGAUUGUACCCAUACAGCUGAAUCCAGAAGCUACACACAUCAACCUAACACACAAUGCUAUCGACAACCUUCUCUAUACUUUCGGCUUCUACACGCAACUUACUGUCCUCGACAUUUCCUACAACAGAAUUGUAGACUUAGGUAGUAGAAAUUUCGAAAACAACAUGGAAAUGACUCAUCUUAAUUUGAGCCAUAAUUUUCUAAAACGUUUAGAUAAGGACACAUUUAUUGGGCUGAAGAGUCUUAUCGACUUGAAUCUUGCAAACAAUGAAAUAACAAACAUUCAUGUGCAGACAUUUAAAGACUUAUCCGCACUAGAGCGGUUAGAUAUGUCGAACAAUAAACUAGUGAAGUUUGAGCCAGAUGCUUUCAAGCCUUUGAUGUCACUGAAGAUUCUAUCACUCAAGAACAAUUCUAUAUUAGACAUACCGUCUUAUAAUCUUGCAUUCAUAAUGCACCUAGAAAUUUUAGACUUAUCAGAAAACCUAAUAGAACAGGUACCAAAGCAUGGUAUACCAUAUUUGCAGGAAUUGAAACAUUUAGACUUGAACAACAAUUUAAUCGAAAGUGUGGAUCAGUUAGGAUUCCACAACUUACCGUCACUGCGGCACCUGGAUCUGAGUGAUAACAACAUGACAUCAAUCCCGACGUCAGCUCUGUCUAAACUAUCAAACUUGUCCCAUUUGUACCUAAGUGGAAACUUCUUUCAAAACAUUACGGCACUUUCGUUCCAGAGUCUCUUCCAUUUAAAACAUUUACACUUGAGUAGACUUUAUGAAUUGGAGAGAAUUGACUCCAGAGCUUUUGUCGACAAUAUAAACUUGCAAAAAAUAUGGAUGAACGAAAAUGUCAAAGUUGGUGAUGUUCCACCCAGAUUAUUUCAUGGCAAUCCGAAGCUAACCCACAUCUAUAUGAAGAACAACGCAUUGGUGGCUCUUGAAGCGUCACAUUUCCCAAUAGAUAGACUGCAGGAGCUUGAAAUUGCUGGAAACCCCUUCACGUGCAAUUGUUCUUUGUUGUGGCUGUGGAAACUUGGUCGAGAGAGUGAAAUCAGCAGCAGGAAGUCUGGGAACACAAGUUCAAUUCUUAAAAUAGACUAUGAGGAUGUAAAGUGUGCUGCUCCAGCGCAUUUAAAGGGUGUCCUCUUUGUACAGAUUCCGGAGUCGGAAUUUGGGUGCUCGAGUGGGUGGGUGAUAGUAGCGGUAGUAGUGCUUACUGUGAGUAUCAUUAUAAGCGUGGUUGGUGGUGUUUUAUACUUCAUGGGACCCUUGAAGAAGUGUAAAGGUGAUAAGUCAAAACAAGUCAUGACGAGUGUCAUGAUGAAUGGUGAUGUGUCAAAAUUAGGGAAUGGAUUAGGUUACUCAACACGAAGUAGGGAACAGGACGCCAAAAGAGACGUUGAUCGAUAUCUAAUGAUUGGGUCCUCAGUGAGUAAUAACUUUCAUUCAUUGAAUCCGCCGUGGCAUAGCGUGGACAAGAAUCCAUACUACCAGGAGGACAGUGAGGAGCACAUCUACCAACAGUUUGCCUAUGAGACGAUACCUCAUCACAGGACGCCCGAGAAACCACACAUAGUGUACGUCUAACAUAAGUUGUGCGCAAAGGACAAUAUCGCGGGUAUAUUUUCUUUGCUAAGUUAUACGAACGAAGUUGUGUACUGUCGUCAAAAUGACGAGGAACAUUGAAUUUGCAAUAAUGUAUAUAGUGAUAUGAAUAAAAUGUAAUAUGUGAUAGCUUUGUAUAUAGACGUGUAAAUAUAUUACUCAGUGCAGAUAAAGACAUUACUUUAUAGACAUUUUCGAUUUUGUACUUACUUAUUUAGUCAUGUUUAUACCUAAUUAUUGAUUGUCACAUUCACCUGUAUGUAGUGUGAACGUUUAUUUGAUUUAUUUACUAGUUCCUCAGAUGUAUGGGUACUCGAAUACUUUUAAGUGCUUUGUAAAAUUCUCUAAGAUGUUCAAUAAUAAUAAAUGAAUAUUAUAUUCAUGUGUAAUAAUAUAGUAUAUACAUUAUAUAUUUUUCAGAAUUGAAAACACCAAUACUUAAUGAAAACUUUGUACAAAUAUGAGCAAUAUAGAAUAAUUUGAAAUGUUAUGUCGUUAAUUUAAUUCGAUACAUUGUUAUAGCAUACUUAUUAUUAGUUGUAUUUAGAGAUGAAACUUUUUAACAGUAAAUGCUAAGAACAUUAAUUACCUAUCUACAUACAUAAUUACAUAGAAUAUACAAUAAACCAGUUGCUCUGAUGAUGAGGGGUACAAAAUACAGUUUUAUUGGCUUUACAAGAUGAUUUCAAUGAAAACUUAUUUUAAUAAUAUUCUGUUAAUAGAUAUUCUGAAAUUAAUAUUUUUGUACUUAGUGAAUACGUGAGUAUGUGUUGGGUCUGAAAGUUUUUGGUUUCAUGUUUGAUAGAUUUUGAUGUGGUUUUCCCUUACAAACUAUAAAAUGCUGAGAUGACUCUGUGCCUGUU